UAUCCUCUUCAACUUAUAUUGUCUUUCCCUGUAUAAUAUAAUCCCCUCUUCAUGCAAACUAAUUCAGUAUGCAGAUGAUUUAGUUCUUCUUAUUAGAGGGAGUGAUAUUAAUGAAUUGGUAAUUAAUGUAAAUAAAUUCUUGAUUCAGAUGGAAUCAUGGUUGCUAGACCAUAAUUUAAAUCUAUCUCAGAACAAAUCUUCUGCAAUAUUAUUUACAAAAGGAAACACGAACAUCUCUCCCCCCAACGUAAUAUUUUGUAACCAGAAUAUUGGUUGGGUGGAUUCAGUCAAAUACCUGGGGGUAAAUAUUCAAAAAAACUUAAAGUGGAAUUCAUAUGUAAACUCAAUAGAACUAAAAGUAAAUCGUGGCCUGAAUGUGAUGAGAGCUCUUUGUGGGACUUAUUGGGGAAGUGAUCCAAAAACCUUACAAAUUGUACACAAUGGUCUGAUUCAGAGCCAUCUGGACUAUGGCUGUCAGGUAAUUUUCGAUUGCCCAACUUCCUUAAUUAAAAGAUUGGAGAAACUAAAAUACAAAAGUAUCCGAAUUAUAACUGGAUGCAUGAAAUCUACCCCAAUCCAUGCUCUCGUAAGUGAAAGUGGUCAGAUCUCGCUUAAAUCUAGAUGGGAAUGGCUAGCUCUAAAUUUAUAUUAAAAAAUUUAAUGUUAAUUGGCAACCCAAUUAUUUCCGCUCUCGACCUGUUAGACUUGGCAAUUCAAAGGAACCAAAAUCAUUGGAAAAACAGAAAUAUUCCAUUUCUAGUGCUUUUAAAAAACAAAUUUAAAAGUACUUAUCCCAACUUAUAUUUAAGUGACUUAUACCCAUGCCAUAACUUUGAACUAGACCAUCAAUUAUCAACAAUUCCAAUCAUAAAUAUCCAAUCUAAUCGUUCAGAUGAACUUGCCUCAGUUCAACUCCAGAAAAUAAUUCUAAAUAAACCUAGUCACAUCAAAUUCUUCACGGAUGGCUCGGUUGAUGGUGAAGGAUCAGCAGGCUUUGGUGUCUUUAGCCCAGAGAUCAACUAUUCUUAUACCAGUAAACUACCUAAGUAUACCCAAAUAUGUACGGCUGAGAUUGUCGCAAUUAAUCAUGCCCUCCAAAUUAUUUUGAAAAAUGGGAUUAAACAAGCAAUCAUCUGCUCGGAUUCUAAAAGUGCCAUACAGAAAAUAGGCAGAUCAACCUAUUCUAUGGAAACAGAACACUCAUCGUUCAUGACCAAAAGAGGUAUCAUUGAAGCGGAAGAAAAUAACGUUAAUAUUAGUCUGGCAUGGAUUCCAGGACACUCGAAUAUUAAAGGGAACAUGGUGGCUGAUAAACUAGCUAAUAUAGGUAGAACCUUAAAUGUAGCUGCUGGUAUCACUCUUCACUAUUCCAACUUUCUACCAGACAUCAAGCAUUCCAUCUGGAAUCGGUGGAAGCAAGAAUGGCAGGGGAAAAAUCGAAAUAAUUCAUUUUACUCUAAAAUUGUAGGUCAGAUAGAUAAACUCCCCUGGUACCACAAUUUUGCAUACCAAGACAGAAGACAUAUAACCACCAUUAUUAGAAUGAGGACAGGUCAUUGUGCUACUCCAGUUCACCUAUUCAGGAUAGGAGUAAAAGACAACCCAUAUUGUGACUGUGGCCGGGUUGGGUCCUUGAAUCAUCUGAUUUUUGAGUGCCCUAUAAAUAUGUCACCCAAUUUUGACCUAUAUAAAGAAUUAGCUAAAACAAAUAUCCCUACCCCCAUUGAAAUUUGCCUACUUAUGUCCAACCUUAAUCCACGUAGGAUUAACUUGAUCCUUAAAUUCCUUAACUUAGCUAAACUUAACUUAUAAAUUAAUCAAUUCCCAACUUUGAAUUAAAAAAAUUAAGAAGAUAAAGAUAUAAAAAGAUAUUAGACCUCCAAACGAUAAUAGUUGUAACCCUUAUGUUAUAAUAUUGCCUUUCCUGUAGGGACUGUCUGGCCUAUAAGAAGAUGUUUCUACUUAUAUUUAAAAAAAAAAUUGAGGCUUUAGCAUAUAUAUUUGGAAAUAUUCGAUUGCCCAGAGCAAGACAAGAGUAUUUCCCUGGUGUAAGCUGGGCGAAUUAUCCCGAGGGAUAUAACCCAAUAAAGGAAGAAGAAGAAGAAG